AUGAUAUCUCUGCAGCGGUUAUCGGGCAGGUUCGGCGCCAGUUCACCGUGGUUACGAAUACCUCGAACUCGCGCUCCUCAACACGCCCAGCGCAGCUCGUCAAAGUCCACCUCGUCCAAAGACCAGACCAACCCGAACAAUCAGAUCCAGAGUCAACUCCCUCCCCACUUACCGAGUGAAAUCGUCACCCAAUCUACGAAGAUCGAACCGGUCGAUAUUCCUAUUCAGCUAUGGUAUCACAGGCUAGGGCCGGUGUCGACCUUCUUCAGUUGGUUUCACCGGAUGCAACUGAAGCGACCCUACACCGUGCAGUUAAGUACGACUUUGACAACCUACUUGUGUGGUGAUCUCCUGGCCCAGGACAUUGGGGGAGAGCCUUAUGAUCCGAUCCGGACGUUGCGUAUGCUGAUCAUCGGCGCGGGAGCUGCCAUACCGGGAUAUAAAUGGUUUCUAUUUCUGGGUAGGAACUUCAACUACUCCUCCAAAUUGGCCUCCAUAUGCGCGAAGGUCGCGGUCAAUCAAGCCUUGCUCACUCCGGUUUUGAAUACUUAUUUCUUUGGAAUGCAAGCCCUCCUAUCAGGGGAACCUCCUUCUGGGAUCAUUGCACGAGUCAAGGCCGCUGUUCCUGUGAGCGUCGUCAAUUCUCUAAAGCUGUGGCCUGCAGUCACUGCCUUUAGCUUCUGGUUCAUCAUGCCUCAGUACAGGUUCAUGUUCUCCGGGAUCUUCGCCGUCGCGUGGCAGGCAUACUUGAGCUUUUUGAACAGGACAGAAGAGAAGAUCGAAAUGGCCACGGACUCGCUGAACAGACCUGUCAUUCCAGAAGAUGUGUAG